CCUCUACUGUCUUGUAUUUGCAUAUGGAGUCCUACAGAUGUGUCUCAAAUUCAGUUUGUACAUGGCAUGGUUGGCCUAUUCUUCAGAGAAUGUGGCUGUGCAUUCAAAUGAUCAUAUUGCUCGAGCAUUAUUGAACAAAAGAGAGGUGUGGCUGAAGCACAGUAAUUCUGGUAGUCCCAUGCUUCAAUUUGCAAGCUCUGAAGUCUUCCAAAUGAGUGCCAAUGUCAUCAGUGUGUUCCUAAUAAAGCAUCUUUUGUUUACUUGGUUACUGUCUCAACCAAGUUGUCCCAUUCACUUCGGUGUUUCAGUUUGGUGCAUAUUCAGUCAAGCAACUGACAUGAAACUGAGGAAGCUUGCAGUGGACUAUUUGCUUGUUCAGUUAAGCAGUUGUACUUCGAAUAUUACACUCAUCAAACAAUGUACGGAGCUCUCGCUAUUUGCAGUCCCUACACCAUCGCAGUCCAAGCUGCUCGUAUUACAUGUGGAAGGUCAAACAGGCAACAGUUUCAGACCUCCUGGAAGUUCAGAGCAACAAUUUGAUUACGAAGCACUGAAAUUCAGUAAAGAUAAAUGGUCAAGCACAGCUAAUAUAUGGAAGCCAAGUGAACUUGGGUAUCUAGUUGGCACUAGGAAGGCACCUCUGCUUCGAAUUACUUCCUCGGUUUUGAUCACUUGGAGUAAUUUUGCCCAUUUUGCCUGGUGUGCAAAUAUGCAAGAGAACAACCGGUUGGUUACUGAAGCUGCAUUUUGUCAGGAGCUUGCAUGCUCUGAACCAAAUGAUCAUCUAUUUGGGAGCAAGACCUUGAGUUUCAUGGAAAUGCAGCAAAUUGACAAGAUUCUGUCAUGGAAAGAAGAGUUUUUUCUUGCACAGAUUACUGGAAAUUAUAGAAUGAGUUCUCAUGCAAUCUGGAAGAGCUCACGAGCUGCUUGUCUUCAACUAUUUCAUCUUAUGGUUCAGCAUAUAACUGUUCGAUGUGCUCGACAGCAGGCGUGUUUGUUGGAGAUAGGUUUCAGUCACAUUGAUCUGGCAGCUAUGAUCAGAGGUUUGCAAGGACCAUGGGACCCAGGUGGUUUGGUACGUCAGCUUGAGGGCAAGCUGCCUUUUAAGAGGUGGGUAAUGUCACGGACAUGGGCCUUAGAGCUGGGAUUCUGGGCUGGACAUAUGGGCUGGCUUUGGGCCGGAACAAGGGAGGAUAAAGGAAGGUUUCAGAAGCAGAACAGGGACCAUCGAACAAGAACAGAACUGGUCGUCUUCUUCCUUGCGUGAAGAACUCUCCCUCCCUCUUGCUGUUCUUGCUACCCAUCCUCGAUUCUUGCUAUUUCCAGCCUAAUUUCCCUCACUCUAGAAAACGGGCCUUGGGCACCGGUUGAGAAAGGCCAAAGGCACCGGUUUCCAACCGGUGCCCCGCAACCGCGACCAUUGGCCUCUACUUAAGA